GAAAACAAUAAGAUGAGGUUUUAAAGGAGGACUUUAACCAUAAACCCCAGGUCUGGUUAUCCACUUUAUCCCCGGGCAUCAGCCGGAACUUGGAAAAGGCAUGUCUUGAGCUAAUCAAUCACUACAACAAGUAAAUUCUUUACUAUCCACCCACCAGAGAAAUAUUGAAGGAAAAUACGGGACCAAAGGACUUUGACUUUCUGAAGUGAUGGCAUCCUCUGCUCCAUCGUCCUCCAACGCCAAUCAGGACUCCAACCCCACUAAUUUACGACCCACAACUUACGACACCUGGUGUGAUGUGGCUCAUGGAUGUACCAGAAAAAUUGGUCUCAAAAUAUGUGGGUUCUUGCAAAGGAACAACAGCCUGGAAGAUAAGAGCCGGAUUGUGAGCUCUCUCAAAGAAAGGCAAUCUUCCAAGAACCUGCUGGCUUGUGAGAACAGCGAGAGGGAAGCCAGGUUCAGGCGGGCCGAGACAGACUUCUCCAAUUUAUUUGCUAGAGAUUUGCUGCCUGCCAAGAAUGGCGAGGAGCAGACCAUGCAGUUCCUGCUGGAGGUGGUUGACAUUCUCCUGAACUACGUGAGGAAGACGUUCGACAGGUCCACCAAAGUCCUGGACUUCCAUCACCCGCACCAGCUGCUGGAAGGGAUGGAGGGCUUCAACCUGGAGCUCUCCGACAACCCCGAAUCCCUGGAGCAGAUCUUGGUGGACUGCAGGGACACGCUGAAGUACGGAGUCAGGACAGGUCAUCCUCGUUUUUUCAACCAGCUCUCCACUGGACUGGAUAUUAUUGGCUUGGCUGGUGAAUGGCUGACAUCAACUGCAAAUACUAACAUGUUUACAUAUGAAAUUGCACCUGUUUUUGUCCUCAUGGAGCAAAUAACACUUCGAAAGAUGAGAGAGAUUAUUGGAUGGUCAAAUAAAGAUGGUGAUGGAAUAUUCUCACCCGGAGGGGCCAUAUCCAAUAUGUACAGUAUAAUGGCUGCUCGCUACAAGUAUUUCCCUGAAGUCAAAACUAAAGGCAUGGCUGCAGUUCCUAAACUGGUUCUCUUCACUUCAGAACAGAGUCACUACUCAAUAAAGAAAGCUGGGGCUGCACUUGGGUUUGGAACAGAAAAUGUGAUUUUGAUAAAAUGCAAUGAAAGAGGGAAAAUAAUACCAGCUGAUUUGGAAGCCAAAAUUCUGGAAGCUAAGCAAAAGGGACAUGUUCCACUUUAUGUAAAUGCAACCGCAGGCACAACAGUGCACGGGGCCUUUGAUCCAAUAGACGAGAUCGCAGACAUUUGUGAAAAAUAUAACCUCUGGCUCCAUGUAGAUGCUGCUUGGGGAGGUGGACUUCUAAUGUCCAGGAAGCAUCGUCAUAAGCUGAAUGGAAUAGAAAGAGCCAAUUCGGUCACAUGGAAUCCACACAAGAUGAUGGGAGUUUUGUUACAAUGUUCGGCCAUUCUGAUUCGGGAAAAGGGUAUACUUCAAGGUUGCAAUCAGAUGUGUGCAGGAUAUCUGUUCCAGCAAGAUAAACAAUAUGAUAUAUCCUAUGACACUGGAGAUAAAGCAAUACAAUGUGGUCGUCAUGUGGACAUUUUCAAAUUCUGGUUGAUGUGGAAAGCCAAGGGUACAGUAGGAUUUGAAAAUCAGAUCAACAAAUGUCUGGAAUUGUCAGAGUACCUCUAUACUAAAAUUAAAAACAGGGAAGAAUAUGAGAUGGUUUUUGAUGGAGAGCCUGAACACACAAAUGUAUGUUUCUGGUACAUUCCUCAGAGUCUCAGGGGCAUACCAGACUCUGAGGAGAGAAGAGAAAAGCUACACAGGGUGGCACCGAAAAUCAAAGCUCUGAUGAUGGAGUCAGGUACCACAAUGGUUGGAUAUCAGCCACAGGGAGAUAAAGUCAACUUCUUCCGAAUGGUUGUCUCAAACCCGGCGGCAACUAAGUCUGACAUUGACUUCCUCAUUGAAGAAAUAGAAAGAUUGGGGCAGGAUCUGUAAUACUCUUGGCAAACUAUUUAUUCCUCUAGACCACUGUUUUCCAGCACUGGCUAUUUUUUACCCAGUUCUGCAGAAUACCCUUUAAGGAAAUUCCCUUUCUAAAUGUUCCACUCUCCUAAGACACUCUAACACAAAAAAAUCUGUAGGUUACUGCAGAGGUGCUGGAACAAUUUGUAUACUGGGAGU